UUUUCCUCCAUUUCCCUUUUCAAUCGCCUAAUUAACAUAGUUUUCUUUCUCACUCUUUUCUCAACUUGCGCUACGAUUCCCGAUUUCCCUCAAAUUUCCACUUGAUAUUCCUUUCUCUUCACGCAUUAAUUCCAACAUCACCAUUUCACCCCUACGCAUGUCCCCUUUCGAUCUGGCUAACACUUCCCGUUGAUAUCUGAGACGAUCAUUCUUCGACGAUUCGCCGUCCAUUUGGAAUCAAUAUCUAUCCCCUGUUUAGCCCGGCGGACAAGUCUCCUACAUAACCAAUAACCUUGCAUUGGUCGCCCCCACGGAUAUUGCGCCCAUGUCACGGUAGUUACCAUCAGCGACAGAUUGCGCUUGAGAUUAGUUUGGUAGAGUUCAGUCGCUGAGGCUCUCAGAUGGAAUUUAACACUGACUCCGCGUUCGUGGCGAAGCACGGCUCCGACGAGAAUGCCGGCGAGAUUUCACGGGUUGCGCAGGAGAAAUAUGUGGUCGGGACUUCAGGAAAUCCUGGCCCGGAACAUGAGGUCAGUCCCAGUGCUGCAGAACGAGUGUACCCAAUCCGGUCAAUGGUCUUCGUCGAUCCCUCGGCCUCUACUGCAUCUGCCGACGAUCCCGUUUCACCAACGAGGGGCGCCAGGCAGUAUUCAAUAAUCGAUUCUCGAACAUGGGAUCAACUGCAGUCGCAACGCAGGGCGGAUCCAGACGUUGCUGCAGCUCACAUCGAGUUGGCUCAAGCCACGGGGGAAGCGCCGAAUUCGGGCAGCGACACCCUUGUACAGAGUCCCGUCACCCCCGCAAUCGCGUCGCUCGAGAGUCCAGCGGAGGGCAAUGGACCGCCGCAUCUACUCACCACUAGAUUCAAGCAUGUGGAAACAGAGGACGGCCACGCUAUCUUUACCGGCAGAAGGAUUGAAUCUUUUCUGGCUUGCGAAGAUGAGCCGAUACACAUUCCCGGCGCAAUCCAGAGUUUUGGUGCCAUGGUUGCCCUGCGAGAGGAGUCGGAAGGAAAGUUGGUAGUUCGUGUGGUCAGCGAGAACUCGGAAAGUAUCUUGGGCUACACGCCCCACGGCCUCUUUGCGUUGGAAAGCUUCAGUGAUAUCCUGGACGCGGACCAAGCGGAAACCCUAUUGGAUCACAUUGACUUCAUCCGAGAUGAGGCGUACGACCCGGGCGCGGACGGCCCGGAAGUGUUCCUCAUGUCUAUUACCGGCCCCGCAGGCCAAGCCGUGCGGGUGUGGUGCGCCGUACAUCUCAAUGCUACAAAUUCGGAUCUAGUCAUCUGCGAGUUUGAGUUAGAGGACGAUCGAACAAAUCCUAUUAGCGGCUCUAAUGGGUCGUCUCCUCCAGUGCCAAUCGAUACAUUAGGCAUGGAUUUUACCCCCGAACAAUUCGCGCAAAGCACCGUCAAUAUCAGCCAACCGUUGCGGCUGCUGCGGAACGCGCGCAGGCGACGAGGUGAAGCCGCGGCUAUGGAGGUCUUCAGCAUUGUCAACCAAGUUCAGGAACAGAUGAACCGCGCAAAAUCAUUGGAUGUGCUGCUGAACACCACCGUGGGGAUCGUUAAAGAGCUGACGGGGUUCCAUCGAAUCAUGAUCUACCAGUUUGAUAGCCAAUGGAACGGAGUGGUGGUUGCCGAGUUGGUUGAUCCAAGGGCCACGAAGGAUCUCUAUAAAGGGUUACAUUUCCCGGCGUCUGAUAUUCCCAAGCAAGCUCGAGAUCUGUAUCGGAUCAACCGUGUCCGUUUGCUCUACGAUCGUGAUCAAGUGACAGCACGCUUGGUUUGUCGCACGCUGGAAGAUUUAGAGAACCCAAUAGACAUGACGCAUGCCUACCUGCGUGCUAUGUCGCCCAUUCAUUUGAAGUAUUUGGCCAACAUGGAGGUGCGUGCCUCCAUGUCCAUAAGCAUCAAUGGCCCCACCGAGCUUUGGGGUUUGAUCUCUUGCCAUUCUUAUGGAGAUUCCGGCAUGAGGGUCUCUUUCCCACUACGAAAGAUGUGUCGACUGAUUGGAGAAACCCUGUCACGUAACAUAGAGCGUCUUUCUUACGCAUCGCGUCUGCAGGCUCGCAAAUUGAUCAAUACUGUGCCGACGGAUGCCAACCCGUCAGGAUAUAUUGUUGCCUCCUCUGAUGAUCUGCUGAAGCUAUUUGACGCUGAUUACGGCGCCUUAUCGAUCCGCGAUGAGACCAAGAUUUUGGGUGGGUCAAGCCAUCAAGAGAUGUUGGCAUUCCUGGAAUAUCUGCGAAUGCGCCGGAUUAACUCUGUGGUCGCUUCGCAUAACAUCAGAAAAGAUUUUUCAGACCUUAAAUACCCGCCAGGUUUCAAGUGCAUCUCUGGCUUACUCUAUGUACCCCUGUCUGCUGAUGGCUCGGAUUUUAUGGUCUUCUUCCGGCGGGGCCGACUGACCGAAAUCAAGUGGGGUGGCAACCCCUAUGAGCAGAAAGAAAAGAUCGUCCGGCUUGAACCGCGCCAGAGCUUUCAAAUUUGGAAAGAAACCGUCCUUGAUCAGUCCCGGGAAUGGACGGAUAGCGACGUGGAGACCGCUGCUGUGUUGUGUCUGGUGUACGGCAAAUUCAUCAAAGUAUGGCGCCAAAACGAGGAAGCGAUGCAAGGCUCGCAGUUGACUAGGCUUCUCCUGGCCAACUCCGCCCAUGAGGUGCGAACCCCGUUGAAUGCGGUCGUAAAUUAUCUGGAGAUUGCACUCGAAGGCGCACUGGAUAAGGAAACCAGAGACAAUCUCACCAAGUCGUACUCCGCGUCGAAGUCAUUGGUCUAUGUUAUUAAUGAUUUACUUGACCUGACAAACACCGAGAAGGGCCAGGAUCUGAUUAAAGACGAGCCUUUUGAUCUUGAGCAGACCUUCAAACAAGCAACUGACAUGUUUGAGAGCGAAGUUACACGGAAAGGGAUAACUUAUACAGUGUUGUCUCACCCUGGUAUCCCUCAAACCGUAAUAGGUGAUGAAAGACGUGUGCGGCAGGCCAUUUCCAAUCUUAUCUCGAAUGCUAUCCAGCAUACGUCCGGUGGUGGUAUCACGGUUGAACUCUGGCGCCAGCCUGGCCGUACUGAGGAUGGAUUUGCGGCAGUUCAGAUCGCCGUGCUUGAUACAGGAUCGGGGAUAUCUCAAGAUCGACUCGAGACAUUGUUCCAGGAACUCGAACAGGUCUCUGCAGAGAGUGACAGCCGUGGCGAGGGUGAGAAUGGACAGGAUAACCUGCGGGCCGUCGUGAAUGAGACGAAAAAGCAGGUUUUGGGAUUGGGGUUGGCGACGGUUUCUCGCGUCGUCCGUAAUAUGCAGGGGCAACUUACUGUGCGGUCUGAGGAAGGUAAAGGGAGUCGGUUUCAGAUCACUCUCAACUUUCCUCUUCCUCCCGAUAGCCCCUCUGCUAAUGAAGAAUCACACACCCCUACCCGCAUUGAUGAACCUGUGGCCCCAUUACAAUCGAAAGAAGAGUUCGUGUUGGUAGAUACUCGCUCCGAGGGUCGUAGCUACGGCGAGAGUGACACCAACAGUGAGAGUGGGAAGGCCACACAGAGAUCGCCCGGGAAACAGCCGAGCUUCGAUGGAGAAUCCAGAAAUCACCCAACGACCAGCGACGGUCCAUCAACCCAGGAUCCUACACCGGUUGAUCAGACUUCAGAGACCAAAAUCCGCCCCGCAUCGUCGGCCAAAGACCCGCCCUUAAAACCUAAUCUAUCUUCCUUUCCUGACAUCUUCCGUGUCCUGGUCGCGGAGGACGACCCAAUCAAUAGCAAGAUCAUACAGAAACGGCUGAGUAAACUUAAACACAGUGUUCGAUUAACCGGUAAUGGCGAGGAGUGCGCAGCCACCUACCGUGCGGACCCUGCUCAAUUCGAUGUUGUCUUGAUGGACCUUCAGAUGCCAAUAGCCGAUGGUAUAACAUCAACCAAAAUGAUCCGUCAGUUUGAGCAGGGAUCUCCGUCAGACACUCUCUCAAAACUUUCCGGAUUAAACGGCGGAAUCCCUAUCUUCGCUGUCUCAGCUUCUCUCUUAGAGAAGGAUGCAGACAUAUACACCUCCGCAGGUUUCGAUGGUUGGAUUAUGAAACCAAUCAAUUUCGAACGGUUAAAUGUCCUCCUUGCUGGCGUGCGAGACCACGAUGUCCGCAACAGCACUACCUACGAGCCUGGUAAAUGGGAGAACGGUGGGUGGUUCCAGGGCCACAAACAGCCCAAGUCUCUCUGAAAGUCUUGAUCUCUGUUUAUUGAGGUGACAAAAUUUAUCUGUACUUGGUUUUGCUGCUAUAUGCAAUGAGCGAUUUGCGUUAGCAUUCUAUUUACGUUUUUUGAUGGUCUGGGAAACUGAGAAGGACUUGGUUAUGGAAGGCACAAACAGUCUUAUGUACUUCACAUUUCGCAUCUAUAUCUAUAUACCCCAUAAAUCGAUUAUUCAGGUUAGUGUUAUGCAGGUUUACUCUAGAAUAUUAUGUCAGUGAAGGAGACGGGGAAUUCGUUUCACUCCAAUCAAGAGAUGCAC